CUCAGUGAGUGUAUAUAGUUGUUACACUUGUAUCACGCGUGAUGUGUCAUCUUAUCUCACCUGAUUGACAGCGGAGGAAGGGUGUGCUAAAAGUGAUUACUCACAGAAUGAUCACAAAUCAAAACUAAAUUGGGACAGUGACUGGAGGUCACGAAUGAUGACAGAGCAAUCAGUCAGAUAAAGCCUCACGGUGAUUGGUAGUCCACAGUCCAGAGUCCUUAGUCCAAAUACUCAGGAAGAGGACCCACAACCAGGCUGACAGUCUUGGACACUGUAACACAGGAAAAGAGAGCGGAGGGAUUCACUUGGAGAGGUAGUUUUGCGCAGGGAGAAGGCACUGGCACAGGGACAUUGCUCAUUCUCUGACCGCAGUUUGGCACGGCGCGUGACAUGGACAUCCUCGAGACCGACGCUUAUGACCGGAGACAGCGAAGGAACUCGUCUUGCAUUCUCUUUCUCUUCCUUUUACCCUUCUUCGUCUCCAGCUCUCUCUACUUCUACCUGUGGAUCCCCCAGAAUGCACCGUCUCUUUUCGCCGCGGCGGUGAAGUGCAGUCCCGUGCUCUCAUUGGCUGUUCUCGUGCUGGCGCACAACGGUGGGCAGAGCUUACUGGGAGUGGCAGGAGGGCUCCUAUUCUCAGCGUGCGGAGACUGCUGUCUGAUCUGGCCCGAGCUGUUUCUCCAUGGGAUGGCGGUCUUCGCCGUGGCUCACCUGCUCUACUGCACCUCCUUCCUCUCUGAGCGCUACUCCUCCUUGUCCUCCUCCUCCUCCUCCUCCGCUUUGUUUCUGUCCAUCUCCCUGUGGCUGACGGGGAUUGGGACAUACUUCUACCUCCUCCCCUUCCUGCAGAAGAGGACUGACUCUGCCAUCCUCACUCCGGCCCUGGGCGUGUAUAUGGUUCUGAUCAUCGCCAUGACGACCCUGGCCCUGCACACGCGCUGGUCCGUUACCGCCGUGGGCGGCCUGUCCUUCCUGCUGUCCGACCUGGCGCUCUCCCUGCAAGUUUUCGGCGUGGUCGAUCCGCUGGCGGAAGGCAGGGCGGUCGUCAUGACGACCUACUACCUGGCGCAGGUGCUGAUCGCCGUGGGCGACGUGAAGGCAGGAAGUUACACGGGAGACGGGCUCAGGAAAAGGAAGAUUAUGUAAGGGGGGCGUGGAGAGCGGAGGACUGGACGGACUCGUGUGAUGAACUGGCGUAAACAGGCACAGAACGAAUCGCCCCCCCCCCCACUGCUUUAUCUGCCUACGAGGGGCUCGUAAACAGCUAUAACAACCCCACCCCCCACCCCUCUCAAGUCUCACAACUACACAGAAAUGUCCAUCCUCAGACUACACACCAAAACACAAGCCUGGGCUUGAAUAUCCCCGCUGUUGUAAUUUUACAAUAAUGUGCAACAGGGCUUUCAAUCCUUACCUUUUCUCAUAUGGUGAAUAUGUCAAAUGAUUAAUCAUUGACGCUACUUUCAUAAUUUCCACAUUAUAUUUAUCUUGCCGAAUUCCAGGGUGAUACAGUACCUUCAGUCAAGCUUCUUACCGAAUGCUUGUUUUUUUGGUGAAAGUAAAAGCAGAUUGAGACAUUGCAAAACAAUGAAGAAAACCCACUUCCUGCAUUCAUAGCGCAUCAGCCAGUGUAGAUCAUGUGAACAGAACGCACAAAAUGUUAAGACAUAGAAGGUCCAAAAGCAUUAUGGGUAAUUCAGUGUACCUGCUGGCUGGGGUUGACCCAAAUCUGUA